GGGAACCACUGUCUCGGUGGUGUGUGUUCAAAACGAAACCGACGCAUGUUCCACCACAUUCGAAGUUGAAACAAUGAAGUGUUUCAAUUUUUUUGAACUCUACAGGAUCAAGACCAAUGUUAUUCGGAGUGUCUUCUGCCUUGCACCUAACUACUGUAGGAGUACGCCAUGUGCAAAUGGAGGAACAUGUAUUGCAGGCCGUGACGGUUUCACAUGCGCAUGUAAGGCAGGAUAUACAGGUCGUACGUGUGAUGGCGAUCCUUGUACUGUUUCAACAAUGAUACCAGACAUAGAGAAAAGAGGGCCAUCUAACACCCACGCUGGACAAGUCAGAGAUUCGACCAGUCUAAAGUCUGGGUGGUACGACUCCUUCAAUGACACAAAAAUACUGACCCGGCCUGUUUUUGGUCCGGCAUGUGGGGAAAAAUUUCCAUUUUGGCUCAAAGAGAUAAGAGGUGACAUGGCAGAGUUAUGUCUGGCUACGUCUACGCAUGCAUGUUACGCAGCGUACAUGACUACACCGACCCAGAAUUGCAGCGACGGUAGACAAGUGUUCAGGUUCCCACGUCCCCACAGUUCAUUUUCGUACUGCUAUGAUGUAGAUGCAUGUGUCACCAAUCCCUGCCUGAAUAAUGGAACUUGUGAGGCGAAGAAGGGCGAGUUCACCUGUAUUUGUCAACAAGGUUACAAGGGACUUGAAUGUGAAACAGAAUGCAAACCAAAGGUACUGGACCUGCUCAUCAUAGAGGACAUUUCUACCUCUGUCAAUCACAGUGAAUAUGAGAAAAUGAAGACCUUUGCGGUGGAUGCCAUCAGCAACAUAAGCAUAAGCCCUGCCGGAACUAACGUGGCUUUCGUGGUUUUCUCGGGAAAAGCUGAAGUCGUAUUCCACUUAAAUACAUACCGUGACAACAAGGCAAGCGUCAUGGCAGCCAUCCGUUCCCAAACACACACAGGGGGGAGCACAUUCCUCGGGGAUGCCAUCCAACUAGCAACGUCUGAAGUCUUCACAGAAACCAAUGGCGAUCGGUUUGACGCCGAAAACGUGGUACUUCUCUUCACUGACGGGAAAACCAGCGCUGAUGAAGAUGUGCAAAGUAGCAUUAAAGAGUUGAAAGCUAUGGCGGAAGUGUUUGUGGUGACAGUCACCGCACAAUCGGACAACACUACCGUCGACAUCGUAGCUUCUUCACCAGCCCUGAGUCACGUGUUUCACAUCGAUGCUCCUGAAACUGCUAGCAGCAUCAAGAAAUUCACCGCGGGCGAGAUAUGCGCAACAAUACCUCCUGCCUAA